GGCGCGCUCUACUGACAUGGCGCCCUCGCGGUCGCCGUUUCCGGGCGGGUCCUUCCGACGCUGAUUCCAUCACUCCCUUCCUUCCCGGCCUGCCUCGCGCCCGCAGCCGGGCUGGGCCAGAGCUGCCCAAGAUGGCGGACUUCGAGGAUCGGGUGUCCGAUGAGGAGAAGGUACGCAUUGCUGCUAAAUUCAUCACUCAUGCACCCCCAGGGGAGUUUAACGAAGUAUUCAAUGAUGUCCGGCUACUACUUAACAAUGACAAUCUCCUCAGGGAAGGGGCAGCACAUGCAUUUGCCCAGUAUAACAUGGAUCAGUUCACACCUGUGAAGAUAGAAGGAUAUGAAGAUCAGGUUUUAAUUACAGAGCAUGGUGAUCUGGGUAAUAGCAGAUUUUUAGAUCCAAGAAAUAAAAUUUCCUUUAAGUUUGAUCACUUACGGAAAGAAGCAAGUGACCCCCAGCCAGAGGAAAUAGAUGGAAGUUUGAAGGCUUGGAGAGAAUCCUGUGACAGUGCUUUAAGAGCCUAUGUGAAAGAUCAUUAUUCCAACGGCUUCUGUACUGUAUAUGCUAAAACUAUAGAUGGGCAACAGACUAUUAUUGCAUGUAUUGAAAGCCACCAGUUCCAGCCUAAAAAUUUCUGGAAUGGCCGUUGGAGGUCAGAAUGGAAGUUCACCAUCACUCCAUCUACAGCCCAGGUAGUUGGAGUGCUCAAGAUCCAGGUUCACUAUUAUGAAGAUGGUAAUGUUCAAUUGGUUAGUCAUAAAGAUGUUCAAGAUUCAAUAAAUGUCUCGAAUGAAGUCCAAACUGCGAAGGAAUUUAUUAAAAUCAUAGAGAAUGCAGAAAAUGAGUAUCAGACAGCGAUUAGUGAGAACUAUCAAACAAUGUCAGACACCACAUUUAAGGCCUUGCGCCGGCAGCUUCCGGUUACCCGCACCAAAAUCGACUGGAACAAGAUACUCAGCUACAAGAUUGGCAAAGAAAUGCAGAACGCUUAAAGCUGACUGUAGGAUUCUUCAUUAUGUGGAAAGAAAAUGAUUCAACACAUGGUCAUAUGAUAAAUAAGUGAUUUAUAAACAAAGUGAUAUUUUGCUAGGGCUUUCAAACUUAACAGAUUUUCUAGCCUCAUGGAAUAUUGUUUAACCUAUAGCAUUGCCUUGACCUUGUGUUCUCUGCCUUGUAAUUUUCGGUUAUCACUAUAUCUACUUGUAAAUCUUUUUUUCUUUUUUUUCUUUUUUUUUUUUUUUCUUUUUUUCCUGCUGCGUUUUAUGUUGUAAAGAGAGAUCUAUCUUGGACUCAUUUUACUAUUUAGAAAAUUUUCCCAGC